UCAGUCAGCAGUUUUGAUCUUGGAAAGAACCAGAAGAGAUGGGUUGUGAUCGGGAUUUGCUUGAACAGACUUCUGUUGCCAGUUCUCCGGGAUUUUGUGGGUCAAGAAAUUCCCAAACACUACACAUCCUUGAAGAGUACACAUGGAAUUGACACUCAAGUCUAUGGAAGACAUAAGACGCAUGAUGGGCCAUCUCAGCUGAACUAUGGAAGCAUCAAUAAUAACUGGGGAAAUUUUAAGAAAAAAUUGCGUUCAUAUGAUUACAAAGUUGGAACAGCUGAAGACUUGGCUAAACUUUAUCUCGAGCCACACAUGGCCAAGUUUACAGGUAUUGGUAUUAAAAUUGAAAACGUUAAUUUUCCCUAAUCGUCUCCCUGGAAGCACAUUUUCAUGCACUAUACCAGCACAGGGUGAACCAGAUUGCUCUCUGGGAAUACAGUCAACUGUCUCUUAAUGGACACCUCUAUGAUAAAACGGUCAGCUGUAGCACUCAGUUGUUGUAGUCAGAGUUGCACUCAGCUAGUCAGUUUUUUUUUCUUAAAGGAGGAGGAGGGGGUGGUGCAGUGGGAAGAGCACUUAAUUACCUCCUAACACUGUGACCUGAGCUCUCGUCCCGGCGUCAGCGCCUUGAUGUGGUAUUGAGUUUGUUGUUAGUUCUUGCCUUUGCUACAAAAGGUUUUUCUCCAGCCACUCGGAUUUUGUCCUACCCUUACAUUUAAUUAUUUAAUUAUUUAUUUAUUCUUUGACUCUUUUUAAGGUAGACAUUUCCCUCAGUCAUUUGGGCAUUAAACUUAAUGCCAAUGCCAGUUUGAAUGUAUCACAGUCAAAGUUGUUGCUCAAUCAAAUUAAGGGCCAUAUUUUUAAUACGAGGCCAGCUGUAAGACGGAGUCAUACUUUGAUAUCCAGACGUUUUUGAACUCUCAUAGUCAUUUGUGCUUAAAACUAUCGCCUGUUCUCUGAAAAAAAUAUUUUCUGCGUUGCAUCCAAAUUUGUUAUGUGCUAUGCAAAAUAUGAAAAAUAUUGCUCAGUUGGGAAAUCAGAGGCAAGUUUCACGCAAAAAUGUAUCAAUUUGCAGGAUUUGACAACACUUGUGACCUGUCAGCAGUUCUGGGGAUUCUGGAAAGGGCGUCUGUUUUUCACACUCGUAUCCAAACCAAUGCCAAUGAUGUGCGCUCUAAAGUAAGAAAUGAGUGGGGACACUGCAACUUUGACCACUGGACUGACGUGGAGUUCCAGAACAGUUUUCAACUUAUGGAGACCAUGGUUCGUUCACUCGGGCUGCCAAAGCCCGAUGAAGACAAAGAACUAGAAAAACUGCAUGACUGGGAAACAAAGGGUGAGUACUUGCCCCUACAGUAAUAUGGUAAGAAGUUGGUUAAACUCAGUUUCACUUGAUGUGACAUUACACUUGCGCAUAUUUGCUUUGUAGAAAGAAGGGAAGUCUUCCUAAAGUAUUGAAUAUAAGAAGCGCCUGGACUUCUCUCUUUUAGAUAAUCUGUUCCAGGCGUCCAGAUUGUGGGGACGGUGCAAAGAAAUGUGAGCAGGAAAAACAGAAACGGGGAUCUGUUAUACUAAUUAAGUCUAAGAAAAGGAUCGUUUACGUGUUGUCCAAUUUCAGUUAUAAAAAUUGCGCGUUAAUCUACCUACAAGAAAGCUACAAAAUUUGGCUCUUAUUUUUUUUAUUUUAUUCUUAUUUUGCUCAAUAGUAGAACGUAUCUAAGUAUUCUAAAUUAUCGAUAAAUUACCUCAAGUUCUUCCUCAGGGACUUAAGCAUUUCUUCAUUUGUUUAGUGACUUAUUGAUUAUGGAAAUCGUGAUUUAUAGGUUUGGAACUAUGUUUGGGCUGCCCUGUGGAUAAAGAUUUGAUGAAGCUUAUCAGUGUUGAAGUUAGCAGCCUACAAAAAGAUGUAGACAAUAUAAGGCAAUCCAGUACUGAUGAAGCCAACAAGAUAAGUGCUGCCCUUCAAACUAUCAGAGAAGAAAUUGAUAACUUUGACAGGCGAAUAACUCAGAUUGAAAGAAAUCUCGAAGUAGAACGAAAGGAGCGGUUAGAAAAGGAGGCAGCUUUAUCAGAUGCAAUGGCAGAUAUUUCAAGCGAGUUAGCAGAAGUAGACCAACGUGUAGAUGUUAAUGAGAGGGACAUUUGUCGGUUAAAAGAUAGGCAAAGUAAUUUAGAGACCACUGUAUCGUCUGUAACUGCAGACAUAGGAAAUUUAAAAAAGGGGCAAAGUCGUUUGGAAGCUAGGGUUGAAGAACUAGAGAAAAAGAGUUUUAAGACAGCAGAUAUCCAGAUUUUUCAAGUACCUAGCCGCAAUAAUUGCUUUUGUGGUCGCGAUAGGGAACUAGAGGCAAUUGCAGUGCAACUAAAAAAUACCCCGAAUGGUUGUAUUCACUCAGCUGUUUGUGGUCUCGGUGGUGUUGGGAAAACUUCUCUCGCGGUAGAGUUUCUCUGGCAACAUCAGGAAAAAUAUCCAGGGGGUAUUUUCUGGAUUUCGGGAGAAGAUAAGUUUUUUCAAAGGUCCGUCAAUGAGAUGGCGCUUCAAAUUGGAACGUUCGAAAACGAUUUUCAUAACUCCUUGUCGAGAACCCUUGACUGGCUCAGGAAACGCGAAAAACUGUGGUGUUUAGUUGUCGAUAAUCUUGACGAGUUAGAAAUGUCCCAAGAAAUGCGUAAGCUGCUUACUGGUAACUGGAAAUAUAUGGCUCGUGGUCACAUUAUCAUAACAACAAGAAGGGAAGUUUCACAAAUUGGAGAAGCAACAGGAAUUGACGAGCACUGUUGCAUUGACUUGAAAUGCUUAACAGAAGAAGAAGGCAUUCAGUUCCUACGGCUGCGAACUGGCCGAACAGAUGAGGGAGAAGACAACGACUUACGUCAACUGGUUAGAGAACUUGGAGGACUGCCUCUAGCUCUUGAUCAAGCUGGGGCCUAUAUACGAAAUGUUAAACAGUCCAUAAAAGAGUAUGUGAAGAAAUACAAGAAGCAGAAGGUGCGUCUCUUGAAAAAGACAAAAGCCAGAAAUUUUGUGGAAAACACCUCUUCCGAGCGGCUAGCUGUCCACACAACAUGGAUGUUGAAUUUCGUUCACAUCAGUCGCAUCUCAGAAGAGAUGGAACUUGGAGAGGCUCCCACUCUGUUUAUGCAAGUUUCUGCUUUUUAUGGCCCAGAUGACAUUCCAUACGAAUUGAUCAAUGAAGGGCUACUGGAGGAAGGCAGUUCUGUGGAGGAUAAUGGUAUGUGGGAUGAGGCUGAAAUAGUGUCUCUUCUAACUAAGUUUUCUCUGUUUCAGAGAUACGGGACGCACUCUUUCAGUGUUCAUCGUUUAGUGCAGGAAGUGAUUCGAAGUGAGCUAGAAAAAGAACAAACUCAGUUCAAUGUUCUCUCACGUGCAGUACGGGUCCUUCACUACGCGCUAAAAAAUACUCGGUCGCCGGCUGAGGUGUGCGAAAGUUUCGUCGAAGAUGCUGUUUUUAGUGUCAAGAAUCCCCCUUCGUUGCAGUUAUGGGCUAAAUUGGCCUCGCAUGCUACCUAUUUACAGGAGCAUUUGUCCAACUUUUCAGUGAAACAUAAAGCAGUAGCCCAUACUUUGCUCUAUAAAGAGGAAACCGUGCGUGUUUUUAACGAAGCUGGAAUCUUUCUCAGUGUGUCUCAAGAGAAAGUCAAAGCUCAGGAAGUACAGAAACUUAAACUAGAAUUCCUAGUGAACCUAACGAAGUCCACAGAAGACUACAGCGCAAAACUGCCCAGCUAUUUUAUUGAUAUCCCGUUAAAGGACAGGGACUGCAAGCUGAUAUCCCAUUGUAUGAGACAACCGGUCUCGGACGGCGAUCCCGAAGAUGAAGCAAAUUCUGUUAAAAAAGAAAGCGUGGAAAAGGUUGACGAGCUCAGAGGGCAAGGAAAUUUUGCAGUAAAAAAUGAAAGAUACGAAGAGGCGAUUAAUCUUUACUCCAGCGCCAUUGGUUUGACUUCCCAUGACCAUCGACUCUUCGCCAACCGCGCUCUCUGCUAUUUGAAACUUGGCCAGCCACAACAAGCUUUAGAUGACUGUGAAAAGUGCCUCUUAUUAUGUCCCCGUUACAGCAAGGCAUUGCAACGCAAGGCUUGGGCUCUGCAAAAACUUGUUGAAAAUGGUUCAUCUCACCUUGAAGGACAAAAGUUGGCUGCACUGGCACUAGCUAUCCAAAAUGAUCCCAGUCUUGGCAACGAAAAAGGGUUUUGGGAAAAGUUUCCAGGAGUAAACGCGCCGUUCAGAGUAAUAGAUAAUGAAACGCAGUUGACGUUUGCUUUAAUGACGGCACAAGGUACUCUGCUCCUGAAGGGAGGUGUUUAUAAUUUAAAGCGCUUCGUUAUCUUCAAUGAUUUCCAAAUUGUAGGUCUUGCGAAAGAAGUCGUCUUAAGUUGUACACAAUGCUGUCUUAUUUCCUCUGCAAAGUGUUAUUUUGAGAAUAUUGUGUUCCCUAAAGGAAGCAUUGGCAUAGUUUGCAAAGGCAAAGAAUCGGUCAUUCAUAUGAAGCAUUGUCAAAUUUCAGGAGGUUCAACUAGUUGUGAGGACUUUCCAGAAUGCAAUGGUGGUGAAGGAUGUAUAGCGGUCUCUUUAGGAAAACCUGCUUGUGAUCGCACUGGUAAGUUUGGAUUUCCAGAAUUGAAGUCUGGUGUUGGCGGUUUUCCCGGAGUUCAAAUUCUCGAUGAGAGCUUUGCUCUCAUUGAAGACUGUGCAAUUCAUGACUGUGGUGGUGGCGGCGCGCUAGUCGUUGGCAAGGGUUCUCGCAUGGCUGUCAAUAAAUGUGAGGUGUACAAGAACCACCAAGCUGGUCUAGAGGCAAGAGAAGGUGGAAACCUCUCAGCCUCUCAGAACAAGAUAUUUAAUAGUGGUUUCCAUGGUGUCCUAGUCGGCCCGAAUGCAGGAGAAUGCGUUAUCACUGGGAACAAGAUAUUCGAAAAUGCAAGAGAGGGAAUCUAUGCCUGUAGCAACAAGAAUACAAUAGAAAUAACCAAAAACGAUGUACACCACAACGGGCCUUUUGGUCUUUCGCUGGAUGAUAAUUCUCACCUUGUGAUCAGCGAUAACAAGAUUUUUGAGAAUGGAUUCUGGGGAAUCUUAGCCAAAUCGCGAACUUCAGCCAUGAUUACAGGAAAUGUUAUCUCUGGCAACAAGUGUGGCGGCAUUUUCUUCGGUGUUAACUAUUCCGGACGGGUUCACCUAGAAUCAAACACAGUGCGAGACCAUAGCGGCCCAUGGUUAGAGUAUCAACAGAUUCCUAGCCGUUUUACCCAUGAUGUUGCCCGUUUACCCGAUGGAGGGGAAUUUUUUUCGGGUCUUCCAACUGGGGAAAAACAGUUUUAUUCCAACCCACCCAUCCUAAUCGGAAACAAGGUAUUUAACAACGAAGAAGGUAUGUAUCACCCGAAAGAGGUAAUUGAGCGAGUUUACAGUGGUUGUACUUUUUGUCGUCGACAGGGGGAAGUGCGUCACCUCGUGAAGUGUCCUACUUGUCAUAUUGCCUCGUAUUGCAACAGAGAAUGCAGAGAAAAACAUUUGGCCACACAUAAGACAUUAUGUAGCGCCUUGAAAAGUCGUUAUUCUGUAACGGUCAAAACCUUUUCACUAUUAAAUCCAGGGCAAGCGCAAAUUCGAACAUUUGGGACUCAUUUAAAAGAUAUUGGAAAAGGGCCAAAACCCAAAUGUGACGGUAUGCAAAAAUUCAUCGUCAAGAUUCAAACGCAGAAUCUUAAUAGCCACCCGUUGCAGACGAUGGGUGUUUACGACAAAAGCCUUACACUAGAUUGUAGAAUUCAAAGUCCAGAAAUCUUCAGCGUGAUAAUGGAAUGCGGAGUCCUUGGAAAGUUGCAUAAAUUUACAAGCAAAAAAGUUUUUUGUUGGGCCACGUUCUCUAAGAGAGAAGAGAAGCUGACAGUUUUUCUUGAUCAUCUUGCUCCCUAUCAAGAAUGGUAA